GCAGCCAGACCCUCCCCCUUUACACGUGUUUAUGGAAAACGCCCUUUUUAUUCUUCACUAAUUCACUGGUCCAAAGCUAAAGGGCUAAGAUAGGAUCUAGAUCGAAGGAGCAAUGGCAAUGAGGGGAUUAAUGCAUGUGUCAAAAUUGCUACCAGCCACAGCCAGAGUCAGAGUCAGCUCAUUUUGGUCUGGAGUUGAAACUGGGCCACCUGACGCCAUCUUUGGCUUGGUCGAGGCUCACAAGAAAGAUCCUCGCCCGAACAAAGUAAGUCUGGCUAUUGGAGCAUACCGGGACGACCAGGGAAAGCCGUGGGUCCUGCCCACCGUUCGUAAGGCGGAGCAACGUAUCGUUGAUAAGAAUCUGGACAAAGAAUAUGCUGGAAUUAUGGGAUACGAAUCAUUUUGUAAGGAAGCCUACAAAUUGGCAUUUGGAGAAGAUGAUAACUUCAAGAACAAUUCUUAUGUGACGACUCAAACCGUUUCUGGCACGGGUGCUCUACGUUUGGCUGGCAUGUUCCUGAACAAGUUCUACCCUGAGGCCAAAACAAUCUACUUGCCAAACCCCUCGUGGCCGAACCACAACCCUGUGUUCAAACAGAGUGGCCUCGAGGUCAAAAGCUAUCGCCAUUGCAACUUUCAGAACAUGACCUUUGAUGCCGCGGGUUGCUAUGACGAUCUCAGGAGUAUUCCCAACAAGUCUAUGGUUCUGUUCCAUGCCUGUGCCCACAACCCUACAGGAAUCGAUCUCAGUUUGGACCACUGGGCUGAGGUGUCCAAGAUUUGCAAGGAAAAAAACCACUUGGUGUUUGUGGAUAUGGCCUACCAAGGUUUUGCCACGGGUGACCUUGAGAAGGACUCGGCUGGGUUGAGGCUACUGGCAAAAGACGGACACAAAUUGGUCCUCUGUCAGUCUUUCUCUAAGAACAUGGGACUCUAUGGUGAGCGCUGUGGGGCCAUGACGUUCCUGACAGAGAGCGAGUCUGAGGCCAAAGCUGUCGAGUCUCAGAUCAAGAUCAUCAUCCGCCCCCUCUAUUCCAACCCCCCCAUUACCGGUGCAAGGAUCGCCACGGAGAUUCUCACCUCACCUGACCUCUACUCUGAGUGGCUUGACGAGCUCAAGGCAAUGGCUGGUCGUAUCUUUGAGAUGAGGGGAAAGCUCCAACAAGGACUCAUCAACGAAGGCUCAACUCGUGAUUGGUCGUUCAUCCACACCCAGAUCGGCAUGUUCUGUUACAGUGGUAUGAACCAGGAACAAGUCAAGCGACUACAGGAUGAGUACGGCAUCUAUAUGACCAAGGACGGGCGUAUCUCCAUGGUUUCACUAUCCUCAAACAAUAUAGGCUACGUUGCCAAGUCAAUGCACGAAGUCACCAAAUAACUAUUAUUUAUUGUGACAACAAACUAGCUAUUUUUGUGUCCCUAGGUCUACAUAGGAUGAUGUGAAUUUUAUUUAAUGUGUCAUUGAA